AUGGAAAACCUACAGCAGUACUCUUGUCGUCGUCAACUCGACGAUAUUCUGGAAGAUGACGAGGAAGCAAGCGCAUGCCAAUCGCCACAAAGUUUGCCUACCACUGAACAACUGCUCGAUUGCUUCCAGAGUGUUCCUACCAGUGGAAAUCUACAGCAGCCUUUGAGUAUUUUGAGUCUGGAUAAAGUCUCCGCUUCGACAUCAGGAAAAAGCGCUUCAGAAAAUCUUUUCGGUUCAAUCUGA